AGGUGGCUUUGGCCAGAGUCAUUCAUUGGGUUCUGCUGCUGGGUCAACAAGGUGGCUCUUGGGGCCUCCCCACCACCCCUGCCGAGACCUCAGAGCCUCCCCGGCCUGCCACCCUUGUGGGCAAGGCCAAACCAGACCAGCCAGAAAAGGAACAUGGCACUGCUCCGGGGGCUCCUGGUACUCAGCUUGUCCUGCCUGCAAGGGCCCUGCUCAGUGUUCUCUCCAGCCAGCGCCAUGGAGCCCUUGAGCCAGCAGAUAGUGACCGGGCCCAGCCAGGAGAAGCUGUCCCCACUGAGCCUCCUCAAGUUGGUCAACCAGGAGCCUGAUGGCAAGACUGACCCGAAGGCGGCCUCGGGAGACUGCAAUGAGGCCCCAGCCCCGGAGCAGACCCGCAGGCUGGCCAAGGCCAUGAUGGCCUUCACCACAGACCUAUUCUCCCAGGUGGCCCAGAGUUCCACCCACCCCAACCUCGUCCUGUCGCCUCUGAGUGUGGCUCUGGCGCUGUCUCACCUGGCACUAGGCGCUCAGAACCAAACGCUGCAGAGGUUGCAGAAGGUGCUGCAUGCAGACUCAGGGCCCUGCCUCCCCCACCUGCUCAGCCGCCUCUGCCAGGACCUGGGCCCGGGGGCAUUCCGCAUGGCUGCUAGGAUGUACCUGCAGAAAGGAUUUCCCAUCAAAGAGGACUUCCUGGAACAGUCGGAACGUCUCUUUGGGGCAAAGCCCAUCAACCUGAUGGGAAAGAAGGGGGAUGACUUGGCAAACAUCAACAACUGGGUGAAGGAGGCCACGGAGGGGAAGAUUGAGGACUUCCUCUCGGAGAUGGCAGACGACACCGUGCUGCUGCUCCUCAACGUCAUCCAUUUCCAGGGUUUCUGGAAGAACAAGUUCGACCCGAGCCUCACCCAGAGAGGAACUUUCCACCUGGACGGGCAGUUCACGGUGCCGGUGGACAUGAUGCAGGCCCGCAUGUACCCCCUGCGCUGGACCUUGCUGGAGCAGCCCUCGAUACAGGUGGCUCACUUCCCCUUUAAGAACAACAUGAGCUUCGUGGUCAUUGUGCCCACCUCCUUUGAGUGGAAUGUGUCCCAGGUGCUGGCCAACCUGAGCUGGGACAUCCUGCAGCAGCCCUUGCUUUGGGAGCGGCCCACCAAGGUCCAGCUGCCCAAGCUGCACCUGAAAUACCAGCUGGACCUGGUGGCCACCCUCAGCCAGCUGGGCCUGCAGGAGCUGUUUCAGAACCCGGACCUCAGUGGGAUCUCUGACGAGAGCUUGGUGGUGUCCAGCGUCCAGCAUCAGUCCACUUUGGAGCUCAGCGAGGCCGGCGUGGAGGCGGCCGCAGCCACCAGCUUGGCCAUGUCCCGCAUGUCCCUCUCCACCUUCAGCGUGAACCGCCCCUUCCUCUUCUUCAUCCUCGAAGACACCACGAGCCUGCCCCUCUUUGUGGGCAGCGUGAGGAACCCCAACCCCGGUGCGCAGCGGGAGCACAAGGAGCAACAGGAUUCCCCCGACAGCAGGGACCUCUUCCAGGACCUGAAAGACUUCAUCCACGGCGACAAGCCCUUCGACCCUGACUUGAAACUGGAGCCCCUCUUCGAGGAGGAUUACCCCCAAUUUAGUACCCCCAAGUGAGGGGCUGUGGGCUCCGGCGUCCUGAGUCCCAGCCUGGGCCAGCUCUCAAUUCAUGUGACUCUUUCCAAACGGCUCUGUGGGAUGAGGGGCGGGGGCCUGGGCGGGCAGGCCGGGGAGGAGAGGAGCCAUUCUUUCUAUCCCCUCUUGGGGAGUUUGGGGUAGGGUGGGGUGAGAGGAGGGGCAGCUGUGAACCCACUUUUGUCAGCAAGGUAGGUGGGUUAUUCCUUUAGUCACCUUUGUUUACCAGAGCGCGGGGAGGAGGGACUGGAGGCCCUGGCUGGGGGAGGAGAGCUGGGCCCUGGGGGGCUCAGGGGCAGAGCACGGGCCUGGGUUAGACACUGUGGGUCAGCCUUGUCCUGCUCUGCAUCUGCCAUCACCUGCCCGAGGCCCAUCAGCCUCCCCACUGGUCCUUAGUGAUGCCCGCACCGCCCGGACUCCCUUUCCUUCCUCUCUCCUCUUCCUCCUCUGCCUAGGGUCUCAGGGGCUGAGGGGGGUGGCAUUAGCUCCUUGGGGCUCUUUUGUAAAGUUUUUGUAGUGAUUUUUAUGCUACCUGAAUAAAGAAUGAAUGGGC